UUUAGGCCAUAUAUAUUUCUUAAAUAGGUUAAAGUCAUAGAGAUUUUUUAUUUUUUGUGGGAAUAGCACUUCGCCCUGGAGCGGUGCGCAAUGCUAUCUCACGCCGACCUCCUGGAUGCUCGCCUCGGUGAGUUAUCAUCACCAAACUCCGGUCUUCAACUCUACUGGAUGAAGGAUGCCGCGGCAGAGCUCCUGGGCCACAGGGAGGCUUUAAAGUGCAGACUGGGCGGAGGUGGACCUGACCCGGGCGGACACUCUGGGGAGCUCGGCCCUGGUCCGGACGGUGUAGAAGGAACCACGAUGCUCCCCGGUGAUGAUAUCAGCAGCGGCGGAGGAGGAGGAGGAGGUGGAGGAGGAGGAGGAGGGGGAUCCAACUCGGUGCAGGUUAACAGCAAAGAGCAGGAGAAGCAGCAGAACAACAACAACAACAACAACCAGAACCAGUCCGGAGGGCAGCAGAACCAGAGUCAGAGCCAGAAACAGAAACGGCAUCGGACCCGCUUCACGCCUGCGCAGCUCAACGAGCUGGAGAGGAGCUUCGCCAAAACGCACUACCCGGACAUCUUCAUGCGGGAGGAGCUGGCGCUGAGGAUCGGCCUGACGGAGUCCAGAGUGCAGGUUUGGUUUCAGAACCGACGCGCCAAAUGGAAGAAGCGCAAGAAGACCACCAACGUGUUCCGGGCUCCGGGGACCCUCCUGCCGACGCACCACGGCCUGCCGCAGUUCCCCUCCGCGGCGGCGGCAGCAGCGGCCAUGAACGACAGCCUCUGCUCCUUCCACGCCAACGACACCCGCUGGGCCACGGCGGGGAUGUCCCAGCUGCAGCUCCCGCCGUCUCUGGGUCGCCAGCAGGCCAUGGCGCAGUCCCUGUCCCAGUGCAGCCUCGGCGCCGGACCGCCGCAAAACAUGGGUCUAUCCAACAUGUCGAACGGCUCCGGGCUGCAGUCUCACUCUCACCUCUACCAGCCCACGUUCCCCGGGAUGGUCCCCGCGUCCCUGUCCGGCCCCACCAACGUGACCGGCUCGCCUCAGCUGUGUAGCUCCCCGGACAGUGACGUCUGGAGAGGGACAAGCAUCGCGUCGCUGCGCCGCAAAGCGCUGGAGCACACAGUGUCCAUGAGCUUCACUUAGUAACGAGAUCAUCUGCGUUUAGUUUUCUGUUCAUCAUAUCCAUAAAACGGUGGAGAAACACAACCAGGAUUCUUGUUCAACUCACACCUGGCGUUUUUUUUCUCCUCUCUUCUAAAUCCCAAAAACCAGAGGGACAACUGAAGCUACAUGAAGCAAAGGACUGGUUCUGUUUAAGCUCUUAUUUAUUAUUUCGCAUGUAGCAUAUAACAACUAUUUAUUUGUCUAUUUAAUUAAAUUAUUGGUUUGUUCUGUAUUUAUUCUUUUGGCACAUGCAGCCCCUUAACGUGGCCGGGCUUCAGUGACUUUUUGCUUGGUGACUGACUGUUGCUGUUUUUGAGGACAAAUUCAGUGGAAAUAAAGAAAAGAAAACAAGGUUACAGAUCCCCCCCCCCUUUUUCACUCUGAAGGGGUCAAAGGGAAGCACAGAGAACAUGCAGAAACAUCCGAAACACCUGGAGGUUUAAACAAACAUUAAAGAUUCAGAGGAGGACGAGGACAACAACAAAGAAGAGGACUUGACUGCAUGUGCGAUCCAAGACGAGUUUAGAUGAAAAAAAGAAAAUAAGAGAAAUACUUUAAAUUAAGACCUGGAAACUGACUUAACUAUAAUCUGUUCUAUUAUAGGAUGUUUUGUGUAGAGGAAACAGUUCUUGUUCCCAUUUUUGGUCAGUUUGUGGAUUAAAAAAAAAAACCUAUGUUUUCAACAAUUCUGUCUGUGCUUAUGAUCAAAUCUGACUUUUUAAAUGUUUGACCCAUUUUGUUUCAUGGACAUGUUUAUA